UAUGAUAAGAAAAGAAGCGUUUAUUUAAGCAAAAUGCUUGCUCGCUGGCUCUUCUCAACCAAUGCUAAAGAUAUUGGGACUCUAUACCUCAUUUUCGCCCUGUUUGCCGGUAAACUAUUUAUCAUGCCGGCUUUAAAUCUUGCUAUAUGCAGGGAAGGUUCUACUCUCUUGCAGUACUUCAUUAACUUUGUUUUCGAAGUAACAAUCUGGAGAGAAAUUAUUAGGAACUUAUCUGCAGAAAACUUUUUAUUAAGGAUUCUCAGAGACUUUACGCAAGAGUUCUUAACCAUAUUAACUAUCUCAACUUAUAUAUUAGAAACAUUUGCAACUAGUGUACAGAAAACUUUACAUAUAAGAGAAGUCCAUAAUACUAUACCUAACACAUCUGGUCAAUUAGGUCCUAUUUAG